CUGGGACCGGAGCUUUCCUGCGGGGAACGAGCUGGGGAAACGUGUCGUUGGCUCCGGGAGGUUCCUCCUGCUGGAGCUCUUUCCCCUCCGCUUCUGCGGUGCCAGCGCCUCUUUCAGCUCUCUUUGGAGCGUUAGAAGCCGGGCUGCGACAGACCAGCCGCUGUGCUACAGAGGGAAGCGUCGCAGUCCCUGCAGGCGCGAAACUCUCCGUCCCUGGGCUGAAAGGAAAGCCUUUGCCGGACCGUAACGUAAAAUAAAGCGCAGGGAAGUCCACCCGCGGAUGAAUGAAGGGAUACGGGAGUCUGGCCCACGCUUGCCAAUCUCCGCUCUGAACUCUGCGCCUCGACUCGGUGGGCCGAGAGCGCCCGCAGGUCCGUGCGCUGGGCUGGCUUCUUAUCGCUUCAGCCGCAAGUGCGCGUCCGGGCGGCCCGGGGGCCAGGGCGCGGCGGAGCCCCGGCGAGCCAAGGUCUUAGGAACAGAUGAAGAUAGUAUGGGGGAUGGCUGCUCUCAGAAACUGGCUUCUGCCAGGUUCCUUCGACUUUUGCUCCUGAUACUGAUUCCAUGCAUUUGUGCUCUGAUCCUUUUGCUGGUGAUCCUGCUUACUUUUGUAGGAGUGUUAGAAAAAACAUGCUUUUAUUCAAAUGGAAGUGAGGGCCUCACAGUUAAUGGUGACUUUGAAAUGUCUCCUGAUCUUUUGCCAAAUAUGGUUGAAAAUAGUUCCGAGACUGAUCCCGCAGUGGAUCUUAGCACACAGCCCUCUUCUUGGACCACCACGCCUUUAUCCCACGUUGACCAAAUGAACAAGAACUCAAAUAUAUUUAGAGAGUCUUUCCAGGAAAAUUCCUUUGAUCCCCCAACUCAAGCCACAGUGCUCAGUCAUCAACCUGCCUCUGAAGCUGCUUUGGCAGAGGGCUCUGAAGACAGCACCCAGCUCUUUGCCACUGCAGAGAUGAUGACGUUGUGGUCUACAGAGACUUCUUUUAACAACACUGAGAGGAUGACCACUCUGCCAAUGUUAAGUCCUACCCAUCCAUCUGUGUCACAAAAAAUGGAUCAGAAAAAAAGUGCCUGCAGAAAUAUCACCAACAGCCAGUGCCAAAUGCUGCCAUAUAACUACACCACUGUAACUUCAGUUCUCUCCAUCGUCAAGAGUAUUGAAAUGGAAAAGUUCCUGAAGUUCUUCAGUUACCUCAGUCGUCUCAACUGCUAUCAGCACAUCAUGCUCUUUGGCUGCAGUCUCGCUCUUCCUGAAUGCAUCAGUGACGGUGAUGACAGUCGAGGCCUCUUGCCCUGCAGGACGUUUUGUGAGGCAGCAAAAGAAGGCUGUGAACCAGUCCUGGGUAUGGUGAAUGCUUCUUGGCCAGACUUCUUGAAGUGCUCUCAAUUCCAGAACAAAACUGAGAAUGGCACCACUACAAGGGUAUGCUUCUCACCACACCAAGAAAAAGGAAAGCAGUCACUGUGUGGAGGAGAGGAGAGUUUCUUGUGUGCCAGUGGGAUCUGCAUCCCAGGGAAACUGCAGUGUAAUGGCUACAAUGACUGUGAUGAUUGGAGUGAUGAGGUCCAUUGUAAUUGCAGCAAUGAUGUAUUUCGUUGUGACACGGGGAAAUGCCUCAAUUACACCUUUGUUUGUGAUGGAUAUGAUGACUGUGGAGACCUUAGUGAUGAACAAAAUUGUGAUUGCAAUCCACUGACACAUCACCAGUGUGGAGAGGGGAGAUGUAUAACAGCUGAUUGGGUAUGUGAUGGUGACCAUGACUGUAUAGACAAAUCAGAUGAGAUCAAUUGCUCAUGUCACAGUCAGGGUCUGGUGGAGUGCAGAAAUGGGCAGUGCAUACCUAGUGCAUUCCAGUGUGAUGGAGAUAAUGAUUGUAAAGAUGGAAGUGAUGAAGAAAACUGCAAUGAAAAUCAAACCCUCUGUCAGGAGGGAGACCAGAGGUGCUCUUCCUGCCCUGAUCCCUGUGGAGCUUCUCCCUGUGAGAUGAGGAACAGCCAGGCAAACUGCAGUCAGUGUGAACCAAUUACUCUGGAACUUUGUAUGAACUUGCCUUACAACUAUACUUAUUACCCAAACUACCUGGGCCACAGGACACAGAAGGAAGCCUCUAUCAGCUGGGAGUCUUCCCUUUUCCCAGCUUUGGUUCAGACCAACUGCUACAAGUACCUGAUGUUUUUUGCGUGUACAAUCUUAGUACCAAAAUGUGACCCCCAUACAAAUCAGCGGAUUCCACCUUGCAGGACUUUAUGUGUACAGUCUAAGGAACGCUGUGAGGCUGUGCUUGGGAUUGUAGGUCUGCAGUGGCCAGAAGAUACAGACUGCACUCAGUUUCCAGAUGAGAACUCAGACAACCAAACCUGUCUAACACCAGAUGAAGAUGUGGAAGAGUGCUCCCCCAGUCACUUCAAGUGCCGCUCUGGACGGUGCGUGCUGGCGUCGCGGAGGUGCGAUGGGCAGGCUGACUGCGAGGACGACAGCGACGAGGACAGCUGUGGUUGUAGAGAAAGGGGUCUUUGGGAGUGUCCUUUGAAGAAGGUGUGCAUCAAACACACGAUGAUCUGUGAUGGUUUCCCAGACUGCCCUGACAUGAUGGAUGAAAAGAAUUGCUCAUUUUGUGACGAGGGUGAAGUUGAAUGUGCCAACCACGAGUGUGUGCCCCGUGAACUCUGGUGUGAUGGGCAGGCAGACUGCACUGACAGCUCAGAUGAAUGGGACUGUGUUACACUGUCUAAAACCAGGAAUUCCUUGAUGCUCCUGACUGUUCACAGGUCAGCUGCUGAUAACCAUGUUUGUGCUGAUGAGUGGCAAGAAAACUUAAGCCAACUGGCCUGCAAUCAGAUGGGUUUAGGAGGACCAUCCAAAACAGAAAUUGUAAUAGAGAGUGAGCAAAUGGAGGACCAAAAAUGGCUGAGUCUGCACUCAGACUGGAAGAACAAAAAUGCAUCCACUUUACAUGCACUUCUAGUGAAUGGACAGACGUGUCAAAGCAGAAGCAAAGUGGCUCUCUUUUGCACUAAAGAAGACUGCGGCCGCCGCCCCGCCGCCCGCAUGAGCAAGAGGAUCCUGGGCGGCCGGACGAGCCGGCCGGGGCGCUGGCCCUGGCAGUGCUCCCUGCAGAGCGAGCCCAGCGGGCACGUCUGCGGCUGUGUGCUCAUCGCCACCAGAUGGGUCCUCACCGUCGCCCACUGCUUCGAGGGGAGAGAAAGUGCAGCUGUCUGGAAAGUAGUGUUUGGGAUUAGCAAUCUUGAUCACCCAUCAAGUUUCAUGCAGACCCGACUAGUGAGGACCAUCAUCCUCCAUCCACGCUACAACAGAGCAGUUGUAGACUAUGAUAUCAGCAUUGUGGAACUCGAUGAGGACAUCAGUGAGACAAGCUAUGUAAGGCCUGUCUGCUUGCCCAGCAAGAACCAGUUGGUUCAGCCAGACACCUACUGCUACAUCACAGGCUGGGGACACAUGGGCAACAAAAUGCCUUUCAAGCUUCAAGAAGGAGAGGUUCGCAUAAUUUCCUUAGAACAAUGCCAGUCAUAUUUUGACAUGAAAAUCAUCACUAGCAGGAUGCUGUGUGCAGGCUACGAAUCUGGCACCGUGGACUCUUGCAUGGGUGACAGUGGAGGACCGCUUGUGUGCGAGCAUACUGCUGGGCGCUGGACUCUGUUUGGUUUAACAUCCUGGGGCUCUGUCUGCUUUUCCAAGGUUUUGGGACCUGGAGUUUACAGUAACGUGUCACAUUUUAUUGAGUGGAUUGAAAGACAAAUAUAUAUCCACACCUUUCUGCUAAACUAACUCCAGAUGGUAAGAAUUGUGCUGACAGACAAAAGAAAAAAGGAAUCAGCCCUUCAACACUGAAGGUUUAGCAGUCCAGAAACUCUGUGAAAAGGAGUUUCAAGCUCUGUCUAUUCUUGUUGUGGAGCUAUGGAAUAUGCAGUGUUACCGGUAAAUCCUCUGCUCAUGAAUAUACUCUGUGGUUGAAUUAAUAAUCCUUUUGACUUUUCUUUUAACUGUGUUGUAGUGCUAUUCUAAACACUGCAAAAAGCUUAAAAGAAAAGAAUCAACCACUUUCUGCCUUUCAGCUAUUAAAACUAAGCAGUAGCACAGACUAGAAAAACUUUUUAAAAUAACCUAUUUUAAUACUAUUCAAUUAGUAGCACAUGCAUUUUCACUCACUUCUUGUGAUGAGGAAGGAACUUUGUGCACUCAUGUGGCCGUGCAGGACAUACAUUCACAAGGACAACUCUGGACAGGGCCACCACAUGCUGGAGGGUGUGGAAGAGAUUGAUGGGUUUGAACAUCCGUGUGGCAAAGGACACAUCAAAGCACAUGUGCAGGUCUCCAAAGGUGUCCAGCCAUAUGCUCCUGGCAUGCCUGGACUAGUGCAUUUUGUCCCUCAGGGUGGUUAAUUUGCAUAGGCAUAACCCUGUACUGUCCUGAUUCCACAGCUUCUGUUCCCAGAGCCAGACUGGGCAUCUCUCUGGGGUGAUGCAGGAACCAGUAGGCAACAGACCCAUAACUACCAGUAGAGGCACUAGAGACCAAAACUUUAUUGUUCAGACUCUUUGUGGGCAGCCUCUAGCACUUAAUCUUCUGAAGCUUCCAAUGUCCUAAUGUGUCCAGGAAACACCCAUGUCUCAGCAGUGCUACACAGAUCAGUGCAUUUAUCAAACCUGUGCCCCACUGGCUUUCCUCCUCACACUGUCUGUGUUCAGCAUACAAAGCAUGCACUGACCAUCUCCAGCCCUCUAAAAACCUAAGAGGGCUGGCAAUACCACUGCAGUGGUUUCCCCUCCUAGAGUCAGCUAGUUUGGACAUCUUGAGAGACAUGGAAAAUGCAGAUUUAAAAUGCAAAAGAUGCAGUGUGGGCACCAUCACAAAUAUCGGGGAACUGGGUAAUUUUAUAAGUCUCUUCUUGUACCUUGCAUUUAAAGUUUAAUUUUGACUAGCAAGAUAAAACAUUUGGGAAAAGGAAAAAAAGCAGAAAGAGAGUGAUAGAAGGCUGGGGAUUCCAGCUUCUGUUGAAAUGAGUAUUAGAAAUAUCAGAAGCAAAGUACAACAGCUUCACCAGCAAAGGCUCAAGGAGCCCAGCUCAAGUGCUUGGUAGCCAGAUGUGGAGUGCUCUGUGCAGUAGUAAGACACUGAGCCUUAACUCCACUUAAUUUCAAGAGAAUCUGGUUGGAAAAGAUUAUGAUGGAGCUUGGCACCUUUUUAUGGUGCUAGAGGGGAAGUGUGUCCUGUCAACUGCUGUAGCUGAUCAGCUUUUAGGAGCUGCGCAGCUAUCAGCUUUUAGGAGGCCACAAUAGGACAAGUCAGGAAUCUGAGGACUACAGGACAAAUUCCACUGAGGAACAAUGCAUUUAAAAUUUGUGUUUUCAGUGCUGUGCCUAGUCCUCUGUGAAUCCAGCCUAAGGCACAUAAUAAUCCUCUCUGCUACCUCUGGCAUGGCCCCAUGACAGCACAGCAGGGCCUUGUCAAUAGCAUGACUGCUGCAUGUGAAAACAUGCAUAAAAAAGACCUAACACGUGGACAUUUCAGGUACUAUGAAUCAUGUUGCAACUCAUCUCCAUAGAUCGAUGCUUUUGUGAAGGUUUAUCUCUUAUCUCCAUAUCUUCUCCUUAAAUAUUGCUAACAUUAGGACAUUAGUUACACUAGACUGCGCUGUAGACAUGAAUAUUAAUAAAUACUCAAUAUUUAUGUUAUGGAUUCUGAAACUAUUUAAGUGAUUACUCAGUCUCUGUUUCAUGCUCAGAAGGAAAACUCUUUGAGGCUUUGCUAGGUUUGACUGUGGGGUUUUUUUUACUUUUAGUAUCUUAAGGAUAUAACACUUAAAAUACUCUUCUUGCCCCAGCUAUAAAUGAGAGAAAGCAGCUGCAACCAUGUUUAUCUAGUGCAAGUAGAUUACAGCUGAAGCUGGUUAUUGGUGUCCUUGCCUCAAGGAUAUGGAGGCUGGACCUCUCAGUCCUCAUUCAGCUUUCCUCUGGGGCUGGGAUCUCUGUGGCUGUAGGGCAGGAAAGCUCUGAGUCCUGGAGCUGGUUCAAGAGUUCCCCACGGUGAAGGUGGCCCAGUGGUUGCUAGAGCCAGCUGGCUGGUGUCAGACAGGUUCUGGCCAGGUCUAUUUUCCAAAGAGGUGCUGCUGCAGAAUAAGCAACCCAGCCUGGCUUCUCUCCACCAGAUAGGGUCCGUGGUUAGCAGCUUUGAAUUUUGUAAAGUGCCAGAGUACAUAAAGUCAUUCAUGUAGACAUUAGCAUUACCAAAUGAUAACAUGUAACUACACAUUUUAAUUAUCUGGAUUUGACCUACCACCAGUUUCCAAGCAGUCCCUCCCAGGAAAUGAGGCAGUGUCUUGCUUAAACAUAAGAUCCAGGCCUGAUCCUAUAUGGGAUCAGUCUGAAGAAAUUCCAGGCUGAACCCCAUCCAAAAUGGCUCUAGGAGGGAGCACUUGGGUCUUACAUUUCCCAUGACUGUGUCUGACACAACAUUCCAUGUAAAGAGGAAAUUUGUAAUUUUAUAGAUGUAUUUUUAUACGGGGAUUUUUAUGUGUGCACAUGAAAUAGGCAAACAUGCUCCUCCUCCCACUAUAUCAAGCCUUUUCCCGUGUGCUGACACAAUGGCUGUGAUCACAGUUACGCUGUUUGUCUCACAGUGUAGCCUCAUUGUAAGGUAACAUUGGUUGGUUUUGCUUCUACCACAGCUGUAUCUCCAAAUGGAAGCAAUGCCACUCUCAGUCAAGCCAACGUGUUUCUUUCUAGUUGUACUAAUAAAAAUUUACAAUCAUUUUCCAAAUAACUUCUGUUGAAAAUGUUUUAAUCUUUAGAGAGACUAAAUGAUAAUA